AUGGCUUCGAAAAGGCCUGCAGACUUUGGAAAAAGUGGUCCAAGUGAAAAGAAAAAGCGUUUGUCAUUGACUAUUGCACAGAAAGUUGAGUUAUUGAAGAAGUUGGAUAGUGGCUUACCCGUACGUAAGCUGUGUGAAAUGUACGGGUGUGGUUCGUCUACUGUGUACGACUUAAAGAAACAGAAAGUGCAACUUUUAACGUAUUUUGCUGACAGUGACAGUAAGAAGUUAAUGAGCAAACGUAAGCAUAUGAAACCUGGAAAGUACGAGGACUUAGAAGUUUGUUUAAUGGAGUGGUUUCGGCAAGUACGCAGUGAAGGUGUUAAGUUAUCUGGUGACAUGAUACUUGAGCAGGCUAAAAUAUUUUUUGAUUUACUGAACAUUGAAGGUGAAUUUCAUUUGUCGAGUGGUUGGCUAGAUCGGUUUAAGAAACGGCAUGGCAUUUCUGAAGGAACGACCUGUGGUGAGGCUAAGUCUGCCGAUCACGAGAAUGCUGAGCGGUAUGUUGAUGUUUUUGAGAAAAUUAUCAAGGAUGAGAACUUAAGUCCAGAACAAGUUUACAAUGCCGAUGAGACUGCUUUGUACUGGCGUUGCAUGCCCCACAAGACACUACGCCACGAAGAUGAGGGGGCACUUGAAGGCUUUAAAGAGCCAAAGGACAGGGUUACAGUAUUGGCCUGUGCCAAUGCUGCUGGGAGCCAUCGCUGCAAACCUUUGGUUAUCGGGAAGAGCCAGAAUCCACGCGCGUUGAAGGGCAUGCGAGUGUUGCCUGUCCACUAUCGUGCAAACAAACGUGCGUGGAUGACCCAGAAAAUGAUGUUGGAGUGGUUUGAGAAGAUGUUCGUUCCUGAGGCAAGGGAACAUUGCACGAAAGCUGGCUUGCCCAAGGACUGUAAAAUACUUUUGUUGCUGGACAACUGCCCUGGCCACCCCCCUGCUGAUCAGAUGAUGAAAGACAACGUUUUUGUGACCUACAUGCCUCCCAAUUGCACCUCUCUCAUUCAACCUCAAGAUAAGGGAAUCUUGAGAUCAAUGAAACGGAAGUAUCGACGCAUUUUUAUGAGAAAAAUGUUGAUGGGUGUGAGUGAAGGGAAGACAAUCGACGAGUUCAGGAAGGAGUACAACAUGCGGAAUGUGCUGUAUGGGGUCGCUAAUGCCUGGGACAUGGUGGAAAAAUCAACACUCCACAACUGUUGGCACAAGUUGUGGCCAAGUCUAAUGUUCCAGGCAGAGGAGUUGGACGACAUUGAUGCUGACUUUGGUGGUUUUCGGGUUUCUGAGGCCAAGAAAACUGUUGGGGAAAUUAUGGAGUACGCAAAGCAGUACAGCAGUUCAGUGUCAAAGGAACUUCAGGAUAAAGCUGUUGAGGAGUGGCUAGACGUGGACGACGAUGGUCCUGUGGCACACGCUUACACGUCUCAGGAGAUAGUGAGGAUGGUAACCACCCCAGAAGAAUUUAAGAAGGAGCAAAGGGAGGAGGACAGUGAUGAUGAGAACAGCACACAGGAUGAUGAACACCCGAAAAAGGUCUCACAUGACAGGACCAUCGAGUUGUGUGAAGAACUGAUUUGUGCACUGGAGCAGAGGCCCUGCAUCACAGAACAACAGAUUAUGCAGGUGUACAACAUACAAUCCACUCUCAUCAAAGAAAAACCGAAACUUCUCAAACAGACUAAGCUACAAGAUCUUUUCAAGGCUAUGUGUGACAAGCGUACUCCUUCACCUCAUCCAUCAUCUGCACCAGGACCAUCAUCUGCUCCAGACAUCGUAAAAAUCCCAGUCUCCCCUUCAGUUAGUACUGUUACACCAGUCAGUACCCCACCAGAGACCCCAGACAUCAGCCUACCUGACAUCAGCAACCAUUCAGACCCUGCAGACAUCAGUGAUCGCCAGCAAGAUAUCACCCUUGCAGCCGUUCCUUCAACCUCCACUCCAUCCAUGCAACAGUAA